AAUUCUUCCGGGAUUUCUUUUAUCAACAUGGUUGCUUCGUAAAGCAACUUGUAUGUUUCCGUUAACUACAUGCACGCAUUGUAUUGAUAGUUGUAGGUAAAUAUUUGCACUUAAACUAUUAGAGUAAGCAGUCGAUUGUCAGUAAGUAUGUUUCAAGUUAUUACCAGAAGUACCCCGGUAAUCCGGCUUCUCGCCCCCCGUGGAGCCGUGCUUGUGGAGGCUGUCCGGGGUAGGAAGACCCGCACCGACCCAAAGGCCAAAUCCAAAGAGGGGCGCAUUAAAACGCCACCUCCCGUCGACCCGGUGGAGAUGGUGGUCCUCAGGGAGAGAUUCACAGAAUAUGACCUGAUCAUGAGAGCGCUGAGGCUGGAGUUCAAGGAGGAGAUGCUGAGGAAGAGGUAUGAAGAGGAGGUGGGCUCCCUGGCGGAGGAGAGGGCGAAGCAGGAGGCGGAGGAACACCGCUCCCUCAUGACCUGGAACCAGGAGGAGAAUCUCCGCAUGCUCAAGAUCAGGGAACUGAGAGUUCAGAAAGAGGUGGAAGCUGCUGAGGUCAAGAAGACAGAGGCAGCCAUUCUGCGAGAGCAGGCCAUGGAAAGCUUUGUUAAAGAGAAGGGAGAGGAGAUCAUGCGGAUUCAGGAGGAGGCCAAGAGCUUCAUCAACCUGGAGAACCUGGACCAGCGUAUUGAGGAAGCCCUGGACAACCCUAAGAACUAUAACUUUGCCAUCGACAAAGAUGGCCGCGUGGUGAAGAGGACUGUGCUGCAGUGAGAGAGACUGAGGAUGGCUGGAAGUGUAGAGUGAAGUUGCCCCUAGACUCUGAUCUGGAUUCAGUUUAUCCUUUUCCCCCACUAUGGUUCAGCUUAGGAUUGUGGGAAUGGAAGCUGAUUCUGGAUCUAUACCUAAGGGAAACUUCACCUCGGAGCCUUGGCUAGAGGCCUCAGAGGAGACUGGCGAGAUAGUGAGCUUGUUUGACAUUGUAUGCGGGUCACGACUGACUGAUCUACAAAUCACCUUGCAUCAUAAAUAACUACUCAUGAUUAUUUGUAGAUCAGUCCCCAUUUACCAACAAUGUAUCAUGGGUUUGAUGCUCUGGAACACGGCCAAUGUCAGGAAGUUUAAACAAUGUUUGACAUUGCAGCCAGCAUUGCAGGUGAGUCGCAACUGACUGAUCUACAAAUCACCUUGCAUCAUAAAUAACUACUCAUUAUUAUUUGUAGAUAAGUCAGUCCGUCACAAUGCUCUGGAACACGGCCAGCGUGGCCGUUUCUCAUUUGGGAAAAAUACCGUCCUCCACCCUCUCCUCUGUGACCCGGAAACCGUUGAGAUGUCGAUUUGUUAGUAGGCAAACAAAAGAGGCUCCCCUCCUCGAUAGCCACGUUUUAAUUGAUUAUAGGCAUGUGUCUCCUACCGGAGUCCUUCACUGAACAGUUGUGAUAUCUGCCACGCCCACUUGGAAACAGCUGUUGUUUUGUCAGCGGAGAAAAGCAUGAACGUGUUUAAAAACAAUAUGCUACUUAUCCUUUAUCUAGAAAAUGUCUUGCUCAACCAUGAUGUGGUUAGCUGGGGUGUAGUCAUUUGUCCAAGCCCUAGAAAAUUGUGGCGUUUAUGUUAGUAAUGGGGGUGGAAUCGAUAGUUACAUAUCGCAAUGUUAUUUUUGACGAUAUGCCUGGUGAGGAUUAUAACAGAACAUGGCCAAGAUGUUCAUAAAUGACCAGCAUGGUCAAAUAAUAAUAAUCACAGGCACACUCUGUUUGUGAUGAACAGUUUCCUGGCACAAUUACCCAUGUUUCCACCAGUUUGGUUAUGGGGGGGGGUUUACAGGUUAUGAAAGUUCUGUACAACUUCCAUCUAUGGACUUCUCAUCUGUCAAGGUCACAAUGAGAACGUUAUGCAAUAAAUAAUUGUUUCUUCCUUA